GACCUGGUUCUGGUUUGGUUCUAGAUGUUGUAGUUCCUGGAUUUGUGUAUAAAAAGGCGGCAACGAAUAGAACGCCGUGUCACAGUUAGUUGGUGUGUUCAGUUGUUUGCAAGGAAGCCAAAUAUUUCCGCUAGAAGAACCAAACAUGAAAGUCGCUGCUGCUCUCUUUGUUGUGCUCGCUCUGGCCCUGACGGCUGAAGCUCAGCCCGCGUGGCCAUGGGCUCCAUGGCCCGCUGCAUGGCCCGCCGCUUGGCCACAUGCGGCUUACCCUUGGGCUUGGCCAGCUGCCGCCCCAGCUCCAGCCCCCGUGGUGGCCGUUGAUGCCCCAGCCGCUCCGGAACCAGUUGCCACCUCGGUCACUGCCACCCGUGGAGCCGUCCACGUUGCCCCUCUGCCCGGGCACGCCAUCAACCAGCAGCAGCUGAAUUUGGCCGCCGCACCAGGAACUGCCUAGAACUGUCGACACCUACCAAUCCCAAAACAGAAACGCCGCCGUCAAACGAUACUCAGAAGUCAAUCGCUGUACCCGAUGCCAUCUUUAGUUCUUUCCACGCCAUCUAUAUCUAUUUCUGUUCUUGAACUAUCAACGCGCAUGGAUCAAUAAAUGAAAUCGCUUACUUUUUAUUUCUCUAUAAAUGAA